AUGGGUUUGCCAGCCUUGACUGGAAGUUUCAUUUUGUUCCUGAUUUACAGCUUCUGCUGGGCCUCUGGGGUGAGUGCCGGCCACGAAGCGGCCUUCCAGGGACACGUGGGUGUCCGAACCUGCGUGGCACAGACGGCAACGCAGGCGGCGCACAGCUGCAAGGACCCUUUUGAGAGCAAGCUCCUCGAACUGGGUUGCGCCGUGCCCUACACAACUGGAAGCAGCGAGGAGGCUGCUGAGGCAGCAUCACUCAUCAGGGAUGAGCCAAGGGUGGAAAUGUGGCCAGUGCCGGAUUUUCAAUCGGGCAUUGGCCAAUUUCUGUUCGUCGUGUGGACGCGGAUGGCAGGAGGCGUGGCAGCAACAGCCACCUCCUGGCCGAGAUCACCGCGAACCCGCUCCAAAGGUGGUGGAAAGCAGGGCCCGGGAAGCACGAAUACAGCUCCGAAGGGCAACCGCAGCCGAGGCAAGGGGGCAGAGGGGCAUGGCGACAGACCCACGACGGCCCCGAGCGUUUCCCAGCUGCCGGCCCCACCGCAGGUUACAGUACCGGCCCCCCCCAAGGGAAGUGCCGAGAGCAGUGGCAGCCAAGUGACAGAGGACCGUCGGCUUCUGGAUACCCUGGUAGCCCAGAUCACGACAGCGGGGACGGUGCUGUCUCCGGAAGUGGAGGCUCUUGUGACACAAUAUCGUACAGAAAGUCACAAUCUGCAUGGCAGGCAGUUGCACUCCCUCGUCGCCAAGCAGACCCAGGCCAGGCGGGAGCUCUCCAAGUUGACGAGCGCUCGCAGCACCUUCGAGAAGACGUGGAGCGACUACCUGGACCGCUUGGUGGACUUGGUGGCCAAGCAAGUGGAGGAGAGGCAGCAGACGCUGGACUCCUUCGAUCAGCAGGCAGGGCCUGCGAAGCUCGCGCAGCUGCUGCGUUCGGUUUUGAAGACCGGACGAAAAUACAAGCCGCCACGCAUGGCUCAGGUCAUCGACAGCCCGACAGGCCCCAUCACUGACCCGUGUCAGAUUCAGCGGUCGUUUGCCGAGCACUUCGCAUCGAUCGAAGCAGCGAGUCCUUGCAUGCUCCGGGAUCUGCAUCAGGCUCGGACUCAACAUGAGGGCCAAGAAGGGCAGGAAAUUGACGGGAUGCCGACCCUUGCCCAGCUCGCUUCGGCAUUUGCCGGGCUACAGAGCCGUAGGGCAAGCGGUAUCAGUCGCGUGCCGCCAGAGUUCUACAAAGCUUCGCCUGCAUUUGCUGCUUUCGUGCACAUGCCUAUGAUAAUGAAGAGCCUCGCGAGGCGGCGAUACCCGUUGCUAUGGAAGGGGCUACUGGCUGUUGCCUUGCACAAGCCAGGGAAAUCGCCCAAUUCACUCAGUGGAUAUCGUUCGAUAGCCCUUCAGGAACCCAGUGCAAAGGCUGUCGCGAAAGCUAUGCGCCCGGCUUUAAUUGGGUGUUUUCGUCAGAUUGCAGGACCGGCCGUGGGUGGAGCACUUCCAGGUGUGUCUACGGACGUGCCGGCUGUUAGCGUGCAGCUUCACCUUCAAGCUUUGCGUGAACAAAACGCUUCGGGAUCGGUUGUCUUUGUGGAUGGUGUGAGUGCUUUCUACAGCACACGCCGGGACCUAUUGUUCAGCCGGGACGUCCAUCAGGUACGAAGCGCGGUCGCUGCUAUGAAGCUCGAACCUAAGGUCAGGCAGAGGUUCUUGGACAGCACAGGCAGAGUUGGUGCUCUUGAGGCUGCUGAGGUCCCCGGGGCUAUACAGGCCCUCCUGGCAGCUAGCAUGGAUGGGACCUGGUUCACUACCCAGUUGUCCGACCGGCAGGUCCAGGCCACCACUUUGGGGACCGUGCCAGGAGCCCCCCUGGCGGACCUGCUCUUUCAGUAUUGCCUCGCCACGGUGCUAGAGCUACUGUCUGAUCACUUGCAUGAGGAGGGCAUCCAGGCCAAGCUGAUUCCUCCUAAAGGGAAGCAAGUUCUCAUUGGGCAGGGGGCGACAGUCGCACUCAAUGUUCCCACAGGUGAGGCGCUUCACCUCCGCUGUGUUGAUGAGUAUACGCAUCUUGGUGUGCGCCGUGCCACGGAUGGCGGUUGCAUUGCAGCCGUUGAACACAGGUACAAGGAGGCCCGCAGCGUCUACAGGGCAGUGCGUAGCAGGCUUCUCACCAACACGUGCCUGACACUGCUCGAGCGACAACAGCUCUUUUCAUCCCUCAUUCUGGGACGUUUUCUUCAUGGCCUGGGGACCUGGCUCCCGCGCACACAGGCGGCCGCGUGCUGCUUUGAGACGCGCUACAUGGAACUGCUUCGUGGGGCCGUGCGUCCGCUCCACAACGUCCCCUGCUUGAGGCUGACUCAGUUCGAGGUAUGUGCGUUGAUGUCCGUCCCCACGCCAUCCGAAGCAGCAGCCAUUGCCCGUGUCAGGGUUCUGUCGGGAGUGGCUAGCCAUGGCAGCCCUUUUGUUCGUGCGCAAUGCGCCAGCGACCCAGGCUGGUUUAAGCUCCUGCGCGCCGACCUCCAUGCUGUCUUGUCGGCUGUUCCGCAUGAGGGUAUUUGCAGCUUCCUCAGUGUGUCCACUUCUCAAGGGUGGUUCAACGUCGGAGAUUGGCCGUUGGACAGCUCCGCUACCAAGGCUUACUUGCGACGGGUGCGACGGCAAUGCCUCUCGGCGCGUGCCUCCCUUGUCGAAACGGCACUGGCUAAGGCUAAGGCGCAUGAACGCCUGAAAGAAUGCGGACUUGUUUACUACAGGGACCUUAAAGCUCCACCAGCCGAGCGGCUUUUUCAGUGCCAAGAGUGUGGACAGUCUUUCGAAACGAAGGCUGCAGCCGCGUCUCAUAGGUCCAAGAUGCAUGGGUGCACUUCCGAUGCCUUCCAGGCGUUUGGAACAGCGUGCGAAGUCUGCCGUAAGCAGUUCUGGAGCACACGCCGUCUUGCUCAGCACUUCCGUGGCUCUCCGGCUUGUGCUUCCACUUACCGGGAAUCGGAUCUAAACCGUCUUCCGGCCGAGCAGGCUGCCGGCAAUAAUGUACCAUGCACCCAGCUGAUCGGGCCGCAACCGUGGUGGGCGACGCAAGCCCACCCACCACAGGGCCCCUUGGUCCCAUCUCCCACUGCCAAUGAUCCACUGGUUGACAUCUGCAGGCUCACUGCCCAGACCCAGUUGCCGCUUUUCUUUAAACUCCUGGCAGGUUCGGUUGAGGUACACGGACGGGCGACGGUCCUCGAUGCCUUGCAUCGUGUACAGGGCGACAAGUACUGGCGUCUCGCAGUCAAGGUCGCUGAGGUUUUGGACACCACGACUCCUUUUUUCUUUCAGGAACAGGACGUGGCU